AUGGCUGUUCCUCUGGCGGAAUUCUGCCGUCAGUUGCCCAAGGUGGAACUUCAUGCUCAUCUCAAUGGCUCCAUCAGUUCUGCUACCAUGCAGACUCUGCUCAAGCGCUACAAAAACCGGUUAGAAAGGGAAGGAAACGAGACGCCACAGCUGUGGGAGACCACCAUACUAAAGGGGGAAAAGCGAGCCCUUGCCGAUUGCUUCUUGAUGUUCAAGAUGAUUCACACACUUGUCAAUGACGAAGAAUCGGUUCGAAUUGUGGCUCAUGAGGUAGUCAGGGAAUUUGCUGAUGAUGGGGUGGUGUAUUUAGAACUUAGGUCAACACCAAGGGCCAAUCCUGCUACAGGCAUGACUAAACACUCUUAUGUGCAGGCCAUUUUGUGUGGUAUAGAUAAAGCCUUAUCUGAGUGUCGCACAACCAUGCAUGUGCGUCUUCUACUGUCGAUUGAUCGCCGCCAGUCUGUGGCUGAGGCUAUGGACACAGUUGAACUGGCCCUUGCUCAUGUGGAACAGACUCCUCAUCACACUAGAGUGGUUGGAAUUGACCUGAGUGGAGAUCCAACUGUGGGAGAUAUCCCCGCUCUACUUCCAGUUCUCCAUUCAGCAAAAGAGCGGGGUUUGAAACUUUCUCUUCACGUAUCAGAAAUUCCUCAGCGUAAUGAGGAGACGGCAUUGCUCCUCUCUGUUUGUCCUGAUCGACUGGGACAUGGUACUUUUAUUCAUCAGGAGGCUGGAGGUAGUCCAGAAUUGGAGGAAAGAGUGUUGGCCAUGAAGACCCCAAUAGAAGUAUGCCUCACAUCUAAUGUUAAAGGCCAAACUGUGUCAAACUACGAAAAUCAUCAUUUGCCCUUGUGGCACAAAAGGGGCCACCCUAUAGUAAUAUGCACAGAUGACAAAGGUGUCUUCUCCACUACUCUGUCAGAGGAGUAUGCUAUUGCUGGUGAAACAUUUUUCCUUAGCCAGGAGCAGCUAAGGCAGCUAGCCUCACAUGCAGUGGAACACAUAUUUGAGCAUGAUCUCAAAAACGAGUUAUUGAAGUUGUCUGAUGUAUAA